GUGUGCAGGGUGUUCCAAUAUAAACAUCAGUUGCGCAGAGACAGAUAAGGAAGCUCUUCUCAAAUUAAAACAUGGUUUCGUUGAUGUGUCCGGCAUGUUGUCUACCUGGAAAAGUGAAGUUGAUUGCUGUGAGUGGAGUAGAGUAUCAUGCAAUAAUUUGACUGGUCAUGUUAUCAAGCUCGAACUUCAAGCUCAGUGGAGUGAAUUUGGCGAAGGAUUGGGAGGUAAUAUCGAUUCCUCAUUAUGUGAUUUGCAGCAUCUAACUUACUUGAAUCUCAAUGACAACAAUUUCGAAGGGACCAAAAUUCCAGAAUGCAUUGGCUCACUUCGUCAACUAAGAGAGUUAAGUAUUUGGAGUGCUUCAAUUGGUGGCACUAUUCCUCGUGGACUGCAAAAUCUAUCCAGUUUGCAAACUCUGCGCCUUGGCUCUACUGGUUUGAUUGGGAAAGAUCUUGAGUGGAUUUCUCACCUUUCUUCGUUGAGAUCUCUUGACCUUUCAAACGUCAAUCUAAGUCAAGCUGUUGAUUGGCAAUCAUCAUUAUCCAAAGCUCCUCAUCUGUCUGAGGUUUUCUUGGACAAUUGUGCUCUUAUAUUUCAUCAUGUCAGUCCUGCCUCUUUUGUCCAUACAAACUCUUCCACGUCCCUCAAAGUCCUUUCUCUUGCAGAUAAUAAUUUAGACUCUUCAAUUCUACCGUGGUUGUCUAACGUUAGCAACGUCUUAACAGAUCUUGAUCUUAGCGAUACCGCUUUGGAACAUAUUUUUCCAAAUGCUUUGAAUAUAAAUUCCCUUCAAGUUCUGUAUCUUCACUUUAAUCCUUUGCAACUUGGUCCCAAAGCUUUUUCAAAUAUGAUUUCUCUUCAAUCUUUAUCUCUUUCUCAAAGUCCUUUGCGACGUAUUCCGUCCGAUGCCUUCACAAAUACCACAUCUCUUGAAUUUCUGGAUCUUCAAGAGAAUAAACUUGAGGAUAGCAUGGUAAAAUCCAUCCAAAAUUUGUGCAGAUUGAAAACGUUACGGUUGUCCUAUAACAGUUUUUCAGAUCAAUUAAGUGAUUGGAUACCACAGUUAAGGUGCGCUCAAAAUAGUAUAGAGGAGUUGCGUUUAAGUCACAAUCCUUUUAGUAGUGGACCAUUUCCCGAUUUUUCAAGAUUUUCAAAUCUGGAGAUUUUAGAUCUUGAGAACACUAGUCUUCAUGGGUCAAUUCCACAAUCAUUUGGGCACUUACCUCACCUUUUCGAAUUGUCUUUGAAUGGUAACAAUUUAACAGGGCCAUUGCCGACGUUUGUUGGACUUGCAUCGUUGGAGUACUUAGAUCUGUCUAACAAUAGGUUGAAUUCUGUCAUUAAUGAAACACAUCUUUCAACUCUCUCUAACUUGACAGUUUUAGAUGUGUCACAAAAUAUGAUUUUUUUCAACUUCAGUUCGCAUUGGGUGCCACCUUUUCAAUUGCAAGAAUUUCGUGCAACAUCAUGUAAUUUUGGUCCCCACUUUCCCUGCUGGUUAAAGUAUCAAAGGGAGCUUAAAAGGUUGGACAUUUCGCAUGCGUCAAUUUCAGAUUCAAUUCCUCAAUGGCUUUGGCAAUCUUCUUUACAAUACUUGAAUCUUUCCCAUAACAAACUUUAUGGGGAGUUGCCAAAAUCACUCUUGAAAAUUGACAAUAUUAUUUUGGAUUUGAGUUUCAACAAUCUCUCCGGUCCCCUACCAUAUUUACCACCAAACGCAACAAUGGCGUUGCUUCUCUCAAACAAUAUGUUUGCAGGAACCUUAUCUUUCAUCUGUGCAACUCUUCAAGCAGGUUUAUAUCAUCUUGACAUUUCAAGCAACUUUUUGUCGGGAAAACUUCCUGAUUGUUGGGGACAACUUCCUUUCUUGAGGGUUCUGAGAUUGGAAAACAAUCAUUUCUCUGGACCAAUACCAAAUUCAGUUGGUACUUUGAACUAUCUUGAAAGUAUCCAUCUGAAUAGCAAUAACCUCUAUGGGAAUUUGCCACCUUUGAUGAAUUCUUCGUCCUUGUUGUUCAUUGAUUUUGGACAGAAUAAUUUGACUGGAAAAUUGCCAUCAUGGAUAGGGCUGUACUUGCAUAAUUUGAUUGGCUUACGUUUGCAAGCAAAUAAGCUUUACGGAAGCAUUCCUACAAAUUUAUGUAAUUUGCCAUAUCUUCAAAUCUUAGAUCUCUCAAAAAAUAAUUUAACAGGAAAUAUACCUCACUGCCUUGGUAAUUUGAAUGCAAUGUCAAAUAUGACAUCUACGAGCCAAGAAAUUACUAAUGUCAUUCCUGAAGGUCUUACUAGAUCAUCAUUCACAGACACGGCAAUGUUGGCAUGGAAAGGAGAAUAUGUUGAGUACAGUAAGAAUCUUCGAUUCAUGAAAACCAUUGAUCUCUCCUGCAAUCACUUAACAGGAGAAAUCCCAAGUAGCAUAACUGCACUUGUGGCGUUGGUUUCCCUAAACUUGUCUAGAAAUCAUUUGAAAGGAUCCAUUCCUAUCGACAUGGGUCAAAUGCAAAGGUUGGAAUCACUUGAUUUGUCAUACAACUCUCUUUCUGGUGAAAUUCCAAUCAGCUUCUCAAGUUUGAGUUUUCUUAGUGUGUUGAACUUGGCCUUCAACAAUUUAUCAGGGAAAAUUCCAACCGGCACCCAACUUCAAUCCUUCAAUGGCUCCGGUUAUAUAGGAAACCUUGGGCUCUGUGGCCCCCCACUGACAGAGAGAUGUCCAGGAGAUGGGAGUUCAGAUCUGAAUCCCAAUCCAUGUGACAUUGAUGCAGAUGGAGAUGAUAAUCUCAUAAGCUUUGGGUUUUAUGGGAGCAUGGCUCUUGGCUUCAUUAUUGGGUUUUGGGGAGCGGCAUUCUUUUUUUAA